ACAGGUGAGAGGGAAGAGGGAGAGGGGCUGUGCAGGCUGCAGCAUCUCAUGCCAGGGAUCCAGCGGCACAGAGCUCAGCCUGUGGCUCUUGCACAUUGUCAGCACCAACCAUUGCCUUCACUUCUUGCUACAGUAAUUACCGGUCCUGGAAGAAGACUUACUUCAGGAAUCACUUACCUGAUCUGUCAGACUUGCAAGUUGACAUCCCUACAGUUUGUCAGUCACAUAGACAGUGAGCGCUUGUGCCAGCCCUGCAAUCUGCCAGAGUUGCUGCCAAUCCCACCGCGUGCCUGACCCACAGGCUGUCACACCAGGGAGUGGGCUACAAGAGACUGUGGCUUGUCCUUAAUGAAACCUGUGGAUCAGUAGAUUUGCCAAGAGACACUGGUCUUUGCACCCGGGUCCCUUUAUGUUCAGAGGCCCACUGGAUACCCCCUGGGCAGCCGAUGUUCCCCCCAGUGGCCCACACAGGAUCAAGGCUGGCCGCUCUGCCCUGCUAGUGCCUAUCUUGGGAUCCAUUUGGGGAGCUUGGUGCCCAGAGCCAGGAGCCACCCGGUGCCGGACACUGGAUCCGAUGGCAGCUGUGCGAAGCUCGGGCAGCCUGACCCCAUUCUCCAUACAGGCUAUUCUGAACAGGAAAGAGGAGCGUGCCCGCACCUUCCCCAGGCUGGGCUCCGCAGUCUCUCCCGCCUGUUGCUGGAGGAUCUUUGGGGAGACAGAGGCAGAUGGACUGGGCUCCCUUUGCGGAGGGACACCUGGGACAGGAGCCGGAGGAGAGCCAGCCGGGUGGGAUUCAGACUCUGCCCUGAGUGAGGAGGGAGAACUGGGGAGGCCGGGGGACACCGGGGAGAGGAAGAAGCAGAGGCCGCUGGAGGCCAGAACCAAGGGGGAGGAUGAGGAGGAAACCCCAGGCUGCAGCGACUGUGAGAUAGGAGCAGGCGUCCCAGAUCCCAGCCCCCCAGAUGAGGACCCCAAGUGUGAGCAGCUGAUGCUGGAACCCCCCAAGCAGAGAAAGAAGCGCUCCCGGGCUGCAUUCUCUCAUGCCCAGGUUUUCGAGCUAGAGAGACGCUUCAACCACCAGCGAUACCUGUCCGGGCCCGAGCGGGCCGACCUGGCUGCCUCCCUUAAGCUAACAGAAACCCAGGUGAAGAUAUGGUUCCAAAACAGGCGCUACAAGACCAAGCGCAGGCAGAUGGCCGCUGACCUUCUUGCUGCAGCCCCUGCAGCAAAGAAAGUAGCUGUGAAAGUGCUGGUGAGGGACGAUCAGAGACAAUACCAGCCUGGGGAAGUCCUGCGCCCCUCACUGCUUCCCCUUCAGACCCCCUACUUCUACCCUUAUUACUGCGCCCUGCCUGGCUGGACACUCUCAGCAGCUGCCUGCAGUGGGGGGACUCCAUAAGCAAGGUGGGCUUCAUAUGAUCACCCCCGCCUUGGCACCCUUGGGGCUUGAAUACUGACUUUUCUCUUUAAUUCUGCACCAGCAAAACUGUGACCAAAAAGGAUUUAAUCAAUUGCAGACUUUGUCCAUGGUAUCCAUGUUGUCUAUAUGCCGUAUAGGUUUUAUAUCUAUAUUAUAGCGCCUUAUAUUCUCUAUGGAAUGACUAUGCUUUCUGGGCAAGUUGAGGGGCCUAUGGAAGGAGAUCCCAAGUUUGGACUCUGGGUGGCCCCCGCUGACUGCAUGGGGCUGUUUAUAGGUUCCCUGGGUGUCCAGGGCUAUGAAUGUACAGUACAGAGCUUCCUUAUCGCUUUGCCAUUCCUCCCUUCCUUACCCUCUGCAUCAUCCAUGUGGUCGAUGAUCACUUAGGUAGCAAUCCCAAGGGAUAUCCCAUGUUGGGGUGGGGAGGUAAGACAUUUCUAGCACUUUCAUGCUCUUGCAACCUGUGGCCCUUUAUCUGCGUGUAUAAGUCUCUGCAUUCCUAGACAGUUAGGAAUUGUAGUCCGACUACAAAUGGGGGGCCACAGAAUGGAUAAGUCCAGUAGAGAUACUUCCCAACAUGCAUCACGGUUUUAUCUCUGCUUGACUCAGUGCCUUUCCCAGAAACCGUGUAGGCAUCUGCUUCAUCGUUGCCUUAUUUUUUAACACAAGAAGCAAUCCUUUUAUAAUCUUGCAGUUUGUAGAUUCAUACGAAUCUGGCACUGUGGCCUAAGCUACAUUAUGUACUUUUCCAAUGAAAUUGUGAAUAUGAAUUUUUUUAAUACUUUGUUUUUUUUUUCUAAUUUAUAAAGUAUAGUUUAACUAAGAAACUUAUUGUGUCUUUCUUUUCCUAAAGUGUUAACUAUUUAGGGGCUCGGCAAUAUUUAGGUACACUUCCAUUGUGGGA